AUGACACAUAAUUGGUAUCCACCAACAUAUUAUAAUCAUUUUCUUGAACAUCCAAUUCUGUGGAGCCCUGAAAGAAGACGCUCGGAAGAACAAAGAUUAGCUCAUGAGUGUUUCGAAGUUUGGAAAACCCAAGAACGUGUGAAACGAAGUGAAAAGUUGAAAAAUCAAUCGGAGUAUCGUGAAAUGGUGAACAAUUGGAAUCCAUGGGGUCAGCCGGGAAAUGGUGCACCUAAUAUGGAUACUCGAAUACGAAAUCUUGAAAUGGAUGGAUUAUUCCCGGCCGAUAAGAAUGUUGUUCGUCAAAGCCAAACACUGCCGCGAAUAGGGAAAAAUAAAUAUUUAUGUACCAGUAUGACUGCUGUUUCGGGAGGUUCUGGUGCACCACUUCGAAAUGAGUCAGGAAGACUUCUCGUUCCGUUGAGAGAAGAUCCGUUAAUUACAUUCAGUGAUUCGACAAGAAAUUAUGUUGACAAAGAUUUACGAUAUCGAACGACACCUGCCGAACAAAAUGCUUACCGACAAGACUUGGAUCGGAUUGUUGAAGAGAAGAAACGAAUGAGAUAUAAUGAAAAGAAUGGAAUCGGAUCAACUUAUAGAAAUAAUUAUGAAGAUCCUUGGGGUCGACCAGGGCCUGGUGGAACUCCUUGGCGUGAUCCAAAAAAUAUUGGGCACAAUUUUAUGAAAUCUAUGGGGUGGACUACGAAAGAUACUUUGAAAUCUUUGAAUAAUGAAAUGAAUGAUGGAAAACAUUUGUUGGAUGAAGAUCAAAUUUAUCAUCCGCCUAAAUUGGCACUUAAGAAGCCACCGAUGCCCUGUUGUGAUCGAUGUUCAUGUCAAUGCAUUAAGAAAAUAGAAAGUACAAUUCUUCGUGAUAAUAGUCCGCCAAAAAUCAAAGAAAAUUAUCGAUGCGAGUUUGAAGAAGUCAAUAAAUCGCCAAAGAAAUUGCCACACUACGCACUACCCCAACACUGCAAUCGACAACAACCGUUGGAGCCUCUUCAACCUAUACAAACGUCUUCCAAACCAAAAAGGAAAAAGUCACCCACUAAAAAGUUGUCAAAAGCUUCAAUGAUAAGUGGUGGAGUUGAACUUGUUCCUUUACUAGCCAAACGAAGAGAUGAGAGGCCGAUUUCGCUUUCAACAACAGACAUAACAAAAUAUAAAAUCAAUAAAAGUAGCUGGCAUGAUGGAGAUCCAGAAUACUUAAAUGAUCUUGAGCGUCAAGUUGUGCAAAAACAGAAAUUACGUCAAAUAUCUCAUGAGCGGGAUGUUGAAAGCAGCCGCUGCCACUUCAAAAACUUUGACAGCUUCUGGGGACGGCCUGGUUGUGGUGCACCACAAAAUAACAAAAACAAGCUUAAAUUGGACGAUUUGCUUUACAAUACGCCAAUGUAUCAACAUUUUUAA